AUGCCGGCAGCUACGGAGGUGCCUAUAUUCGCGCAGUCAUCGCAGCACUAUUCGCAGUCAUCGCAACAUAACCAAUCCCAACCACAAGCACAGGCGCCACCCCCGCCACAAGUAGUUUAUAAUCGUCACCAAAAGGUUGGAUUAGAUAUAAAUUUCGCAAACAAAAGCCUGAAGGGCUGGACGGAGAUUACCAUCAAUCCGACAGAGGCUACUUUAAAGCAACUCCGACUGAACUGCAGACAAUGCAAAAUUACAAAAUGCCUUGUCAAUGGGAAGUCCCCAUCGUUAACCUAUAAGGAACCGUAUAGCAGCUUCAAAAUCCACGAUACCGCCACAGUGCAUCAACAUCAUCAGCUUAUGAAAAAACUUGAUCCGGCGCUCAGUGAUCCUCCGGAGCAUGAACUGGUUAUUCAUUUACCUCCGAAGGUUAAGAUAGAAUCCGUUGAUCCUCUUAGUAUUAGCACUCAAAACCCCCCUGUUGGGCGAAGUAAUCCUGGUAUCAGACGGGAAUCUCCAGACAUUGCCGCAAAUGGAGCUAUGACCCCUGCCCUGCCCAGAUCAGAUACAUCUUUCAUAUUCAGCCCGUUAAAAGUAAGGAUCGAAUAUGUAAUUGAGCAUGUUCGUGAUGGAUUCACCUUUGUGGGCUGUGAUGCCGGUGAUCUGCGAUACCCUCAUGCCUAUACUACCCAUACCCCUCUACCAGGAUCUGCAUGUUGUCUUUUCCCAACUCUUGAUGGAAUUCACGAGAGGUGGACAUGGGAGAUUGAGGUGACGGUACCGAAAACUAUCGGGGACAUUGAAAAGACGUCAUCUCAAUCACCAUCGCCACAGGUGAACGGAAAUGGCCCUGCAACUAAUGGAAUCAACGGUGUUAAUGGAACUCACGAGUCUCCAGACGAAAUGGGUGCAGAAGACGUAGCAGAUGAAGAUGGGGAUCUUGAUAUGACAGUUGUUUGUAGCGGCAACUAUAAAGACGAGGAAACUCAUCCUACCGAGUCUUGGAAAAAGACUUUAAAGUUUGAGCAACUUCAAGCAGUGGCCCCACAACAUAUCUCGAUUGCAGCCGGUCCCUUUGAACGUGUUAAUCUUUCAGAGUAUCGGGAUGUAGAAACCGAGGAGGCUAUGGGAACUAUGAGUGUUGAUGUGCUAGGGUAUUGUCUCCCAGGGAGGGAGCCAGAUCUUAGGAACACCUGCAUGUUCAUUCCAAAGGCUCUAGAUUAUAUCUUCAAGGAAUUCGGACAAUAUGUCUUCCAGGCGUUCAAAGUUUGUUUCGUUGAUGAUUUAGCAAUGGAUACUACAGAAUCAGCUUCGUUGGUUAUAUGCAGUAACCGCUUACUUUUCCCGGAGCAUGUAAUCGAUCCAAUUUGGCCGGUUACUCGGAAACUCACAUAUGCCCUGGCAACACAAUGGUCUGGGGUGCAAGUGGUACCGAAGGACUGGCAGGACACUUGGGUUAUUAUCGGGAUUGCGUACUGGAUGACUGGAUGCUUUCUGAAGACAUUGAUGGGCAACAAUGAAUACCGUUUCAGACUCAAAAGGGAUGCGGAAAAAAUAUGUGAGCUGGAUAUUGGGCGUCCAUCGCUUUACGCUGCGGGAUUUGCGGUUCCAAUUGAUCAGGGAUGUUUGGAUUUCAUCAAGCUUAAGGCUCCUGUAGUUUUGACGAUCCUUGAGAAGAGAUUGUGGAAAGUCAGUUCUUCCAUGGUUUUGCACCGUGUGGUUCGAAAGACGUUCCUAGGGGCAGUGGCAGGCGAGCUGAAGAACGGACUCAUGAGUACCAAGCACUUUAUCCGAGUGUGUGAGAAGAGCAGCCACACUAAAUUAGACCCUUUUUUUCAGCAGUGGGUUUAUGGAUCAGGGUAUCCACGGUUUGAGGUUUCGCAAAGGUUCAAUAAGAAGCGUAUGAUCGUGGAAAUGGGAAUUCGACAAGUUCAAGCGACAGAAACCCCAACACAUCACAAAGUAACUGCAGAAAGCUUCUUUAACGAUGCUCAAGAGCAUGUCCGACAUAUAGCAGUGGGACCUCCAUUGCCCUUGUUCACUGGCCCAAUGACCAUUCGAAUCCACGAGGCAGAUGGAACGCCUUAUGAACAUGUUGUCGACAUCAAGGAUACAUAUACAAAGCUUGAUAUCCCUUACAACACGAAGUAUAAAAGGCUCAAGCGUUCUCGGCGACAGAAAGAAAGGGCUGCUGCUGGUGCGGGCGUCGAUAUCAGUAUUGAUGCACAGAAUGAUGAUGUACUACUCUAUUGUUUGGGCGAUGUGCUACAGAGUGAAGAGGAGGUAGAUGAUUGGAGGUUAGAAGAUUGGUCGAAAGAGGACGAGGAUAAGAUGGCACAAGAGUCAUUUGAGUGGAUUCGUAUGGAUGCUGAUUUUGAGUGGAUCUGCACCCUUAAAGUUGGGCAGCCGGACUAUAUGUUUCUUUCCCAGCUACAGCAAGACAGGGACGUUAUUGCUCAGUAUGAGGCAUUGCAGCACCUUGCAAGCAUAAAAGAGUCCGCUUUAAUAUCCUCAAUUCUAGUAAGGACAUUGAUGGAUCGACGAUAUUAUCAUGGUAUACGCACAGAGGCUGCGCUCGCAUUAUCUAAGUGCGCUACUGCCGACUUGGCAUGGGUGGGACAGUUUCACCUUAUGAAGGCAUUCCAGGAGUUUUUCUGUUUCCCAGGAUCAGCGAUACCCAGAAGUAAUGAUUUCACGGACUUCACCUCGUAUUACGUGCAGAAAGCAAUACCAACAUCGAUGUCACGGAUCAGGAAUCUUUCGGGGGCUUGCCCAACAAGCGCGCAAAAAUGGCUGCUGGACGUACUUCGGUACAAUGACAAUUCAAACAAUAACUUUGAUGACUGCCAUUAUGUGGCCAAUCUUAUGAAAGCGUUAGCUAACACCCUCACAUUGACAAAAAAUGCUGGAGGUGAAUUUGGCCACCACUAUGAAUUUGAGGACGACGAGGCUGCGGCUACGCAGGAAGCUGCUAUUAGAGAAAUUUUAAGGUAUCAACGUAUGGAUCAGUGGCAGCCGACUUAUCAGAACAUUGUUUCUGAAGUUUCUUUAGAGAUUCGGAGAGACUUGACUUUAUUAGGUGUGAAGGAUGCUAAGAUGGAGCUUUUCAUGUCUUACACUAGAGAGGGCACACUGGAAACUCUUCGAGCAAAAGCUUUUGACUGCAUGAUUGAUCUUGGCGCUCUCCGUACCCCUGUAUUAGUCGAGUACAUAUGCAAGGUUAUCGGAACGGAUCCCUCAGCCUAUAUCCGCAAGCGUGUUUAUGGCGCCCUUGUAAAGGGGUUGGGAAUGAUAGCUACCGGUGACGACAAAUCAAAAGUGAAAGACGAACCGGAUAUGGAGUUAGGCGAGAUGAUGAUAAUUGAGGACGGGGGGGACUCUUCGAGCUCACGUAAGGAUGAACUUGCCCGAGAGACCAUUUCUGGCGCAAUUGCCUCUUUGAAGAAAGAAAUUGGAGAGGACAAGGUUUUGAAGGAGAGCCUCUGGAAGGCAUGCACGUCUCAAGACAUUGGAUUGCUUGAGUUGCGUGACUUAACAGAUAUUUGCAGACUUCUAUACUCUACGAAGGAUUCGCUCAUUGUCGUGAUGAAACGUCCACGCCAUCUUAGGUGUGAACAUAUAGGAAAGGCUGUAUUGAAAUUUAAGUGGUCAUAUGACCUCGCAGCAAAGCCACUUCCGCCGCCGCCGCCUCCUGUGCAAUUAAAACCACUCAAACUCAUCACAACGCCGAAACCGAGGGUCAACGGCACGCCAAUAGGGAGAAAGAUCAAGGAUUCUAGGCCCAAUAUAGAGAGGACACCAUCCGUCUCUAAGUCGGCUCCGAAAUCUACCCCAAAGUCCACCCCGAAACCAUCAAGCACCCCCAGACCGUCCGCCACACCCAAGGCAUCUUCCUCCAAUAAUUCCACGCCCCGACAAUCGCAUAACAAGGCCCCUAGGAUUGUUUUAAAGCUUAAGGAUCCGCUUGCAAAUGGAACGCCGAGGUCUUCUUGA